ACUAAUACCUGCAGUACAGUAGCAACAGUACUAAUACCUGCAGUACAGUAGCAACAGUACUAAUACCUGCAGUACAGUAGUAACAGUACUAAUACCUACAGUAGAAACUAGAGUUAGCUUCAAGGCCAACGGUUAGCAUUUCAUGAGCUAACUACUUCAUGCUGAGAGUCUGAUAUGAGGAGCAUCUUUCAUUCCACUUGUGUUAAUGAAUAAUUGAUGAGGUCACACUGAAUCUAGAGAGGUUUCAUGACUCACAUCUCACAGUAUCACCCUCUGAUCUAGAACACAACAUAACACAGCAUUAUAAUAUUUACAAACAGCAUUGAAUAACUUUUUGCACAUGUCACAGUCACAUAUAUAAUAGUUUGAGAGCACAAAAUAAUAUGACAGGAUUUAAAAUCGUUGUUUAUUCAAUGUUCUGACUGUCGGAUUUUCCUGUCGUGUCUUUGCAGCUGCUCAGGUAAGCAUGUCUACAUGUCGCCUACGUGUCGUCAAGGCCUCGUCUACGCGGCGUCAUCUACGCGGCGUCGUCUGCGCGGCGUCUGCGCGGCUUCUACGCGACGUCUACGCGACGUCUACACGACGUCAAUGUGAUGUCAACGCGUCGUCUACGCGACGUCAACGCAACGUCAACGCGUCGUCUACGCAGCUUAUACGCGUCGGCGGCGCGUCGUCUACGCGGCUUAUACGCGUCGUCUACGCGACGUCAACGCGGCUUAUACGCGUUGUCAACGCGACCUCAACGCGUCGUCUACGCGGCUUAUACGCGACGUCAACGCGUCGUCUACGCGGCUUAUACGCGUCGUCAAAGCGGCUUCUACGCGCCGUCAAUGCGACGUCAACGCGACGUCAAUGCGACGUCAACGCAGCUUAUACGCGUCGUCUACGCGGCUUAUACGCGACGUUAACGCGGCGUCUACGCGGUUUAUACGCGUCGUCAACGCGGCUUAUACGCGUCGUCAACGCGUCGUCUACGCGGCUUAUACGCGUCGUCAACGCGGCUUAUAUGCGUCGUCAACGCGGCUUAUACGCGGCUUAUACGCGUCGUCAACGCGGCUUAUACGCGUCGUCGACGCGACGUCAAUGAGACGUCAACGCAUCGUCUACGCGGCUUAUACGCGUCGUCAACGCGUCGUCUACGCGGCUUAUACGCGUCGUCAACGCGUCGUCUACGCGUCAACUGCAGACGUGUUGUCUGCGUGAUUGCUGUGUGUUGCCUGCAUGUCGUCUACGUCAUCAACAUGUCUCCUGCUAGUUGUCUCCAUGUCAGCUUUGUGUCGUCUGUGUGGCAUGUGCAGACGUGUUGCCUGCAUGUUGUGUAGCCUGCUCAGUCUGUGUGGCAUGUGCAGUAGCAUCUGUGUUUAACCUUUCAGUCUUUACUGAACAGCUGCAAGUCUAAACUAACUCCUCCUGCACUCGGCUUGAGCUUCUUUGAGCGUGUCUCUCUCAAACUCUUGUGUGUGUGUGUGUGUUAAAUCUGCAUCUUUACACCAUGGUCCGAUUUCUAACUCUACUUACUUUUGGCUUGGUAUCAUGCGACUGUGCGUGUACGUGUGUGUGUGUAGAACGGAGAUGCUCGGAGGGAGAGGAUGGACAGAGGAAACUCUCUCCCCAGUAUUCUGGAGCAGAAGAUUCUUCCCUAUGAAGUGCUGAUUGUGACCCACAGAGGGCGCUGCAGGCUGCCACCAGGAGUGGACCGCACUCGACUGGAGAGACAUCUGGCUCCGGAUCAGUUCCAGCAGCUCUUCCAGAUGUCGAUGUCUGAGUUCGAGCGUCUUUCUUUGUGGAGACGAAACGAGCUGAAGAAGAAAGCUUCACUUUUCUAACAGGAAGUGACCUCAUCCAUUCAAAUACUUGAUGACCCGCCUACUUGGAGGAGAGGAGGAGGAGACACACGCACACACACUAACUAACCAAUCACGUCUCUGGAUGAGAUCAGCUGGCCCUGAUUAACCCUUUACUCGCAUGUAUAACCUGCACUUAUAAUCACUACUGCUAGUAAACCUUCAUCAUCAUCAUCUUCAUCAGAGGUCUGGUUUCAUGAAGCGGGUUCACUUUCUAACUACAUCACAUCGCCGUGGUUACUGUGUCUACCGAACAAUCGGAUCACUGGAAACACGAUAACUCAAACUACGGAAGCCCGAUAGCGACAAAAUUCACAGCUUUAUUAUAAAGGGACAUUUUUAAUAAAGCUCAACAAUUACUGCAGAGAGGAGUGUUGAUUAUAGACUGCAGAGAGGAGGAUGAAGAUGAUGAUGAGGAGGGAUGUCAUCUCCCCGUUAAGCUGAUGUUAUUGAUCAGGUCUUUCUGACUCUUUAAUUCAUACAAACGUCAGAUAAAAGAUCAGAAUCUGAUUUUAUCGUUUGACAUCAUUCAGACUGAUGACAUCAUCGUUACUGCUCACUAAACCGAUCUCUAUCAUAUGUAUAAUAUUCAUCAUGUAGACCUGAUGAAGAUUUCAUCUCAUCAAUAAAUGAAUACUCGUUAUUGACUGAUCAAUAACUCCUGUUAAUACCCGGCUUCGUGACAUCAUUCAGUCCUCUGAUGUUCACGAUGAUUCAUGUUUUCAACUGAUUGUAAACUUUAUUUAUAUUUAUAAAUGUAUUUGAUGAUUGUACUUUUCAUGCUUUUAUUUUGAAAAUAUUAUCACUGUACAGUUGUUUUUAUUCCUCGCUUUAACUUCCACUUACCUUUAUUUUGAAGGAGCAGUUCAUACUAAUCAACACGGCCGCGUCUUUGUCUCCGUCAUCUUCACGCUCUCCUCUUCUUCCUCAUCUGGUCUCGUUUCUGUUUGAUGUAAAGUAGUUAAAAUAAACCAGAGAACAGAU